CAAUGCUUGCCGCUUCGUUUCGGUGACCUCGUCUGAACGGACGCCUCCCUACACGCGGGUAAACAUCUUACUCCUCCAAUUCUCCAAGAUAAAGAAAUACCAUGCCUUCCAAGAACGUGUCCCAUGUGCGCCGGUGGCUCCUCUCCUCUCCGCCCGCAGAAUGGGCACUCAACCAACUCCGAGAACUGCUCAUUGGUGCUCUCCGCCAGGGCCCCGUCCCGAAACAUGUGGCUUUUGUCAUGGAUGGAAACAGACGGUAUGCCAAAACGCACCGCAUAGAAACCGUGGAAGGACACAACUUGGGCUUUGAAGCCCUUGCAAGAAUUCUGGAAGUAUGCUACAAAUCCGGGGUGACGCAUGUUACCAUCUAUGCCUUCAGCAUCGAGAACUUUAAGCGCACCAAAUACGAGGUCGAUGCACUCAUGGACAUGGCCAAAAUCAAGCUCAAACAGCUCGUCCAGCACGGCGACCUCCUCGACCGAUACGGUGCGCGCAUCCGCAUCCUUGGCCAGCGCGAGCUGAUCAAGCCCGACGUCCUGGAAGCGGUCGACAAGGCCGUGGCCAUGACAGCUCAUAAUACAAAAUGCGUACUCAAUGUAUGCUUUCCCUAUACGAGCCGCGAGGAAAUUACUUCAGCUAUCCGCGAGACGGUCCAGGACUUUUCCCGACCGGUCCCUGACGCCAACAAGGAACGACCAAGCCCAUUCCGACAAGACAGAAUCACAGACACAAUUCGCUCGCAGCAGCAACAAGAGCAACAGCACUAUAACAAAUCUUCCACAUAUCUACAGACGCCCAGACAAGGCCUCCAGUCUCCCUCCUCCAGCACGACAUCCUUGUCCUCCUCCUUUUCCGACCACAACCACGACCACGACCUAUCCUCAGUAUCAACGUCCACAACCCUCCAACACGACGACAUCACUUCCUCGGGACUGACCACGCCCGACAAACAGAAACAACCGCCACCGCAAUACCCUUCUCCCGAACUCAUCACCCCCGACACACUAACCUCACACAUGUACACCGCCUCCGACCCACCGAUCGACCUCCUCGUCCGCACCAGCGGCGUAAGUCGUCUCUCCGACUUCAUGCUCUGGCAGUGCCAUGAGGACACGCAGAUCGUCUUUCUCGAUGUACUGUGGCCGGACUUUGACCUGUGGAGUUUCCUGCCCGUCCUGUGGGAGUGGCAGUGGCGCGUCCGGAAAAUGGGCGAUGCAGCCCAAAAUGAAGAAAACAUGGAUGAGCGACCGAAGAGCACAAAAAGCAAAAACAAAGUCGGCAACAGAGGAAGCAAGUCUUCGUCCGUACCUGAGUCGUUGUCGGUCAGUCCGGUCAAAGUGCAUGCUUCAUGAUAUAGAGCUGUUGCAUCGAUAGAAACUGUAUACUGCUCGGCUUUGAGCAAUAAGCGGCGUCCUUACUGUGCCGGAGUAAGAGUACUGCAAUUACCCCUACUGGAUACCAAAUUUUGUUUACCAAAGUUUUCAUAGACACUACUUUGGCGGACGUUCUACCCUAGAUGCUCGUCUCAUGCGUUGUGAC